ACGACUUGGAAUCCCCUUGGGCCAGCAUACCUUCACAGAACACAAUAAACGCUCUGCUAUAAAAGAGGAUACUAAAAAGAGGAAGACACUGAAAGGUCGAGAGAAAGUGACAUGGAUUAGUGCACCUUUGUGAACAUCACUAGACCCAUGGCACUCAGGCAAACCCCUCUCCUCUGUCAUCACAGAGGACCCAUCUCAGCAGAUGAAAGCAGGACACUCUUUGAGGUGUCCCCGGGCAUUAUCCCCGCAUCCUACAUCAAGUAAUUGAAAGACCUGAGAGCGUUGCGGGGGCUCGCAGAGGUAUGGAAAAGAUCAAGAGGGACUGAUUGAGUUACAGGUUUUGGACAAGACAAAAGAAAAGGAAAACAUGAUGUUUGUUUAUUUGGAAGUGCUUUUCAGAAACUUACAUAUUCUCAUAAUUGCCUACUUAAUCUAAUCCACAACCAGUUUUGAUAUAUGUUUGGCAAUAUUGUCUUGAUCAACCGCAUGGCUGUGUCCAAGUUUAAACUAUCUCACCUAAAUUGUCAAGAUCAACUGAAAGAGAAUAUUUUAGAAUGGCCAGGAACAAUCCAGGAAUCACCAUAAUUCAAGUUUUCCUUUUCAUCAAAAUCAAAACUUUGAAUUUUACUGAAAUGUACAGCGGUCCGAAUCGUUUUGUUUUUUUUGACAGACAAGACAAAGAUUGAGUUUUUUGAUCACAAUAACAACGAUCAUGUUUGGAGCAAUGAAUGAUGUGCAAUAUUUGUCUCCCAACAAGAAAAUUAGUUCAUUGAUCAGGCCUGGUUUGCAUACCAUCUCCAUCAGCUGGGCCCUACCCCUUUUCAGGCCAACUGGUGAGAGCGACAGCACCCAAUUUCACCAGGUUACUGGUAUAAACAUAACAAAACAGUUUUGGUGCUGAAAGUAAAAUGUUGUCUGAAAUAAUUUAUAAAUUUAGAUAACCAACAUAAUAUGACCAAUUUCAGGCUGUGUGUGAGACAUCCAUAGUGAUUUAUUUGUUAUUAUUGCACAUUAACUGUUAAGAUAAUUAAAUCUGAUCCUUCUAACUGUAAUCUCGAACCAGCCAAUUUUUUGCUCUCCAUUGAAGAAGAAACCCCCUCCUAGAAUGCCCCAAUGUCACUCCUUACUGGCUAAUCUGUCGGCUUAGUAAUAAGUAACGCGCACAAUGUCUCAACUGAUAAGCAUGGUGGUGGCUGCAUCUUGCUUUGGGUCUGUUUCUAAGUGCUGGUGCAUCGCACCAAGUGGAUAUAAUGAGAAAGAAGGAUGACUACCUCCUAAUUCAUCAACUGUAUCUCACUUUGACUAAUAUGAUAGCAGACACUUUAACAAAAUUGGAUGUCUAAACAUGGAUGUUUAUUUACACCAUGUUUUGCAUAUAUGCAUAUAUGGGUUUCAUAAGGCACAGUGAGAGAACCAACCAGCUCACUCAAGAUGUUGAAUUUGAUGAUUAUUAUAUGGAAUAAAAUAUACAGAUUAUCUUUUAUUUAACACUCACUUUUAGUAAAACAGAUUCCAUUAAAGUUGUAGACAUGAGAGUCAUUAUGAAUACAACCCAAAUUUAAACCUUGCAUAUUAUCUAACCAAGUAAAAUAUUUGCAUACAUACUGAUUUGUUGGAAAACACUAUGGUGUCUGUAUCUUUGUUAAUAACAAGAAGAGAAAGAGAGAAUUGUGUAUGUUUUGAUGUUUGUAUGUGGUGGGAUUGAAAAUAAGAAGGUCCCACAUGCACUCACUGGAUCAAAGUAAUCUCUGUCAAAUCAGUGUCACUGCUCUGUCUGCAUGCUAUUUAAUCCCUUUUGCCAUGGCUUUUAAUAUGUUGUAGAGCCAAUGUAUUAUCUACAUUUUAGAUGAAUAAACAGAACAUACAGAACUAAAGAUUAGAAGCAAUGGUCUUCAUCCCUUACGUUGAUCAUCUCCAGAGAGAUCUCUCUUUGCUUGACGAUCAUCUAAAAUCUUAAAAAAAUGUGUAACCUUGUUGAAAAAUAAGGUAAACUCCCAAGUGUUGAGGUUCUGGGGCUUUUAACCAGAAAAUUUGCUUUAUUAACUUAAAGGUCUUGCCCUUUCACUCUUUUGCAUCUCUAUUUAUUUUUUGUCCUCCUCCUCCGUGGUCUUCCUCUGAAUAAAACCGAACAUGGGUUCUCAUUAUUGGUCUUGCUCCUCCCUCUCUUUGACUGAAGCCGUAUUUCCCUCCCUCCAGUUUAUGAGGAGAGCUCAGCAGUGUGCGUUAAUCCCGGAUUGCACUGCCCUGCCGUCUGCAUCCCGUUGUUGCUGGGAGAGACUGGCACAGCUCCAGGAUCCCUGUGCUCACACCAGAGAGAAGUGAACAUAAGACAAAGAGAAAGAGAGAGAGUAAAACAAGGAAAAGAGCUGCUGUUGGAUUGUCACAGCUGGUUGAGUGGUGUGCUGCACUCGGAGUUAUUGGGUUUCAGCCACAUACACUCUCUCAUACUAUAAGAGAGGAAAAGGAGAAGAAUGGCAGGCAGUUUCCUGCAGCGCUGGUUGCAAAUUUAAAACAAGGAAGCUUCGGUGAUAUCCUGGAUUUCAAAACAUUUUACUGCCUUCUACGUGUUGCAUCUUCCUUACUCCUCGGUUUUUGAAGGGAUUUAACUUUUUUUUGUUUUAAUUUUUUUAAACGGUCUCUUGCUGCCUCAUCUGGAACUCUGUCUGAUAUGGAGUCCCCCACCAAAGAGAUUGAGGAGUUUGAAAGUACUGCCCUGAAGUACCUACAGCCGGAACAGAUAGAGAAGAUUUGGCUCAGGCUCCGUGGACUGCGCAAAUACAAGAAGACGUCCCAGAGAUUACGAUGUCUGGUGAAGCAACUGGAGAGAGGAGAGGCUUCCCUUGCUGACCUCAAGAAAAACCUCGAGUAUGCAGCAUCGGUGCUCGAAUCUGUUUACAUUGAGGAGACAAGAUGGCGAUUGGUGGACACAGAAGAUGAGCUCAGUGACAUCCAGUCAGAGUCUGUGCCUUCGGAGGUGCGAGACUGGCUGGCCUCUACCUUUACCAGGCAGAUGGGCCUGAUGCUGCGGCGAAAUGAAGAAAAACCUCGUUUCCGGAGCAUUGUCCAUGCUGUUCAGGCUGGAAUUUUUGUUGAGAGGAUGUACCGACGUACCUCCAAUAUGGUGGGGCUCAGCUACCCUGCAUCUGUCAUAUCUGUGCUCAAGAAUGUUGACAAAUGGUCGUUUGAUGUAUUUGCUCUAAAUGAGGCCAGCGGGGAUCAUGCUCUGAAAUUCAUAUUCUAUGAGUUGCUCACAAGAUAUGAUCUCAUAAGCCGUUUCAAGAUUCCGAUCUCUGCCGUAGUGUCAUUCGUGGAAGCCCUGGAAGUCGGAUAUAGCAAACAUAAAAAUCCCUACCACAACUUGAUCCAUGCUGCUGAUGUAACCCAGACAGUGCAUUACCUUCUUCUCAAGACUGGCAUGGUGCAUUGGUUGACUGAAUUGGAGAUCUUUGCCAUGAUCUUUGCGGCUGCGGUGCACGACUAUGAGCACACGGGAACCACAAACAACUUCCAUAUCCAGACAAGGUCAGACACAGCUAUCCUGUACAAUGAUCGCUCAGUAUUGGAGAGUCAUCACGUCAGCGCAGCCUACCGCCUACUGCAGGACGAUGAUGAAAUGAACAUCCUCUAUAACCUCUCCAAGGAUGACUGGAGAGAGCUGCGGGCUCUGGUGAUCGAGAUGGUUCUGGCCACAGACAUGUCCUGUCACUUUCAGCAGGUUAAAGCCAUGAAGAACUAUCUACAGCAGCCCGAAGGCAUUGACAAGCCCAAAGCCCUCUCUCUACUUCUCCAUACAGCUGACAUCAGCCAUCCAGCCAAACGUUGGGACGUCCACCAUCGAUGGACCACCUCCUUGCUGGAGGAGUUCUUUAGACAGGGGGACAAAGAAGCCGAACUAGGGCUGCCGUUCUCUCCACUGUGCGACAGAAAGUCCACAUUGGUUGCACAGUCUCAGAUUGGGUUCAUAGACUUCAUCGUGGUGCCCACCUUUACUGUGCUGACUGACAUGAUGGAGCGUAUAGUCACUCCGCUCAUUGACGAAGCUUCCCACUCUGGUCUUUCCAGCUUUAGACGUUCAAGUCUGAACAGUAUUAGCUCAGAUGAAACCAAGAGGCACAGUGUGAAGAGCAUGGGCUCUGACAGCGGAUCAUCUGGCCAAAGCUCUCUUCUGACAGUGGACAUUAAAAACUUCAAGUCCUUGUGGAAUGAGGAGGUUUAUCAAAACAGGGAAAGAUGGAAAGCCCAGGCUACUAAAGAAGCAGAAGAGAGAGCUAAAAAGGAAGCGGAAGAGCGAGCUCAGCAGGUGGAGGCUAUGGAACCCCAGGAGGUCCAGACAGAGUCUGGAUACCCUGAACAGAAGGAGAACAAAUUAGACAGCAAGGUGCCAGAGUCAGCAGAGGUCAGCAGAUCAACAGAUGGAAACACAGAGGAACCAAAGCAGGCAACGCCCCCUGGGAGCACCACACACCAGAGUCCCCUGCUCCAGAACGGAGAGUUGUCAGAGGGGGCUGAAUCUCCAGAUGGUGAAGAAAACAAGAACAAAGGAAUGAGUGAGGCAGUGAUGGAAUAACAGAGCAGAGGAGCAUCAUGGCAACACUGAUUCUGACCUGCUACUGUUUAAAUGUGUGGCAGAUGGUCAGCUGCUGGACUCUGCUGCCCACUACAGACGACUGAAAAACUGACACCCUUGCUUCCUUUUGUGUUUAUUACAUCCCUCCAUUUUAAUUGCUUUUAUCACACUAAUCAUGUUUUCACCAUUUAGAAACAGUUAGGUGCAUUAUUCCUUUUUUCCUGAUUACUUUUAUAAAAAUUUAAGAAGUUUAUUUACCUUAAACUGAAACCAGUGAGAAUAACACCUUGGGCAAACUUGUUUAUUUUAUUGUUAGUUCAGCAUUUUUUAUUUUCCCAUGUAUUUUAUUUUUUUGUAACUCAACCCCUGUAACUGUUUUAAAAGUCCCACCUCCACAUUCUGCAUACAUCUAUAUUAGAUUUAUUAUUGGGAGAUGGGAGUUGCGAGACUUGUUCUGUCUUUCUAACACAUAUGCAGAUCAGAUGCAUAUCUAGAGGGACUUUAACAAUGCCUAUACUGCAUGUACAUUAUACUGUAUGUCUGUACAGUAAACUGAGGUUAAGGCUUCAGUCUUCACCACUACUGUUUUACUACCAAGUACUCCUUAAACAAUCCUAGUCUGACUUAGAAAACUAUUUUCCUUUGAGUGCUCCUUAUGUUUGCUAAAGCCACAAGAAGACUAUUUUGCGUGUGUUUGCUUUCUUAUUGUUUUCCUUAAACUUUGUGCAAUCUGAAUGCAUUUGUAUUACUUGCAGCCAGGUACAAAUAGUUUUUGUUUUUCUCUGUACAUAUAUUUAAUGUUAAUUACUGGUUGCAUAUGAAUCGUAAGUCCAUCUGCUGUCCAGUGAAGGAAUUAUUUUUAGAUAUAAUGUAAGAUAAAUGUAGUGAAAAAAGUCCAAAAAUUAGAAAGCAGCUUUUUGCAAUUUCAACAUAUCACACGCGCAAAUGCAUUUGAGUUUUUUGUAAAUACAAUUAUUUUUGUUUAUCUUUUUGGAAAUAUAUUUGUUUUGCA